AUGAAGUUCGCACUCCUUCUCGCUUUGACCGUGGCCGUCGCUGCCUGGGCUCAAGACCAAAUUGUCCCACCUAAGGUCGCUUGGGGCAAUGAGGCCCCUGAAGACGGUUUCGAAAUCCUCGGCGGCCAGGAAGCCCAAUUCGGCCAGCACCGUUAUGUGGCCGGGCUCAAGAAGUCGCCCAAUAAUGUGACCGAGUGCGGCGGCAGUCUGAUCGCCCCCAAUGUCGUUUUGACAGCGGCGCAUUGUUUGAACAUAGGUCUAACUUCUGUGGUCGUGGGCACGCACUAUUUAACCGGUUUUGCCGACGGAGAACUGGCCAAUGUCACCCAGGAAAUCAAACACCCCAAUGGCACCGACGUGGGCAUCGUAAUCUUGGACCGCAACAUCACGACCAUCCAACCUGUGCCGGUGUCGUUUGAAUUCGUUCCGGCGGGGGUGGACACUUGGGUACGCGGCUGGGGACACGUCAAGAGAGGUGGCCCCAAAUCGCAAGUACUCAAGGAGCUCAACGUCACGACCUGGGACAACACCAGGGCCUCGGCUGCUUUGCUCCCCUAUCUAGUGAAUGAUACGAUGUUGGGUGCUGGAGGGGUGGAAGGAGAAGACGCGUGCCAACACGACUCGGGGGGACCGUUGACCAUCGAAGAAAACGGUACCGUGCGCUUGGUGGGGCUGGUCAGCUGGGGCUUUGGCUGUGGUCUGCGCGGCUUGCCAGGUAUCUAUGAACGCGCUAGCGCUGCUCGUGCCUUCAUUGAACCGUACUUGCCGAAGUAA